CUCGGCCGUCGGGGACCGCGGCCGGGGCUGCAGGCGGCGGAGCGGCUGGCUUGCCAACACUUGGUGUCACAUGUGAGCCUCCCACAUGUGUUCACUCUCCAUUCCAGCUCUGUGAUUGAACUCUGCUCUUAUUGACUAGGGGGCACUUGGGCAGGCAUGCUUCAUUCCUGGAAUUGACAGUCAUUUCAUUUCUGAAUAGACUAACUGAAUAAGCCCUUAGAAAGCCCUCCCUUCUCUCACUGGCUUCAGUUGGCCUGCAGACAUAAUGAGGAGAUUGGCUUUUCGAGGCGCUGGUUGUGCUCUGGUAAAGCUGAAGAAAUUGGAUUCCAUGGGUUCCAAGAGAAGAAGAGCCACCUCUCCUUCCAGCAGUGUCAGUGGAGACUUUGAUGACGGGCACCAUUCUGUGCCUACACCAGGCCCAAGCAGGAAAAGGAGAAGACUGUCCAAUCUUCCAACUGUAGAUCCUAUUGCUGUGUGCCAUGAACUCUAUAACACCAUCCGCGACUAUAAGGAUGAACAGGGCAGACUCCUCUGUGAGCUGUUCAUUAGGGCACCAAAGCGGAGAAAUCAACCAGACUAUUAUGAAGUGGUUUCUCAGCCCAUUGACUUGAUGAAAAUCCAACAGAAACUUAAAAUGGAAGAGUAUGAUGAUGUUAAUCUACUGACUGCUGACUUCCAGCUGCUUUUUAACAAUGCAAAGGCCUAUUAUAAGCCAGAUUCCCCUGAGUAUAAAGCUGCUUGUAAACUCUGGGAUUUGUACCUUCGAACAAGAAAUGAGUUUGUUCAGAAAGGAGAAGCAGAUGACGAAGAUGAUGAUGAUGAGGGGCAAGACAAUCAAGGAACAGUGACGGAAGGUUCGUCUCCAGGUUACCUGAAGGAGAUCCUGGAACAGCUUCUUGAAGCCAUAGUUGUAGCCACAAAUCCAUCAGGACGGCUCAUCAGUGAACUUUUUCAGAAACUGCCUUCCAAAGUGCAAUAUCCAGACUAUUAUGCAAUAAUUAAGGAACCUAUAGAUCUCAAGACCAUUGCUCAGAGGAUACAGAAUGGAAGCUACAAGAGUAUACACGCAAUGGCCAAAGAUAUAGAUCUUCUAGCAAAAAAUGCCAAAACAUACAAUGAACCUGGGUCUCAAGUAUUCAAGGAUGCCAAUUCGAUUAAAAAAAUAUUUUACAUGAAAAAGGCAGAAAUUGAACAUCAUGAAAUGACUAAAUCAAGUCUUCGAUUAAGUAAUAAAAGAGCUGUCCAAGGGGGUCGCUUAUCAGCAAUUACCAUGGCACUUCAGUAUGGCUCAGAAAGUGAAGAGGAUGCUGCUUUAGCUGCUGCACGCUAUGAAGAAGGGGAAUCUGAAGCAGAGAGCAUCACUUCCUUUAUGGACGUUUCAAAUCCUUUUCAUCAGCUCUACGACACAGUUAGGAGCUGUCGGAAUAACCAAGGGCAGCUAAUAGCUGAACCUUUUUUCCAUUUGCCUUCAAAGAAAAAAUACCCAGAUUAUUAUCAGCAAAUUAAAAUGCCUAUAUCACUUCAACAGAUCAGAACAAAGCUAAAGAACCAAGAAUAUGAAACUUUAGAUCAUUUGGAGUGUGACCUGAAUUUAAUGUUUGAAAAUGCCAAACGCUAUAAUGUUCCCAACUCAGCCAUCUAUAAACGAGUUCUGAAAUUGCAGCAAGUCAUGCAGGCAAAGAAGAAAGAGCUUGCCAGGAGAGAUGACAUUGAGGAUGGAGACAGCAUGAUCUCCUCAGCUACUUCUGAUACUGGUAGUGCCAAAAGGAAAAGGAAUACUCAUGACAGUGAGAUGUUGGGUCUCAGGAGGCUAUCCAGUAAAAAGAACAUAAGAAAACAGCGAAUGAAAAUUUUAUUCAAUGUUGUUCUUGAAGCUCGAGAGCCAGGUUCAGGCAGAAGACUUUGUGAUCUAUUUAUGGUUAAGCCAUCCAAGAAAGACUAUCCUGAUUAUUAUAAAAUCAUCUUAGAGCCAAUGGACCUGAAAAUAAUUGAGCAUAACAUCAGAAAUGACAAAUAUGCAGGUGAAGAAGGAAUGAUGGAAGACAUGAAACUCAUGUUCCGCAAUGCUAGGCACUACAAUGAAGAGGGCUCCCAGGUAUACAAUGAUGCUCAUAUCCUGGAGAAGUUACUCAAAGAUAAAAGGAAAGAGCUGGGACCUUUGCCUGAUGAUGAUGACAUGGCUUCUCCCAAACUUAAGCUGAGUAGGAAGAGUGGUGUUUCUCCUAAGAAAUCAAAGUACAUGACUCCAAUGCAGCAGAAACUGAACGAAGUGUAUGAAGCUGUAAAGAACUAUACUGAUAAGAGGGGUCGCCGCCUCAGUGCGAUAUUCCUAAGACUCCCCUCUAGAUCAGAGCUGCCUGACUACUAUCUGACCAUUAAAAAGCCCAUGGACAUGGAAAAAAUUCGAAGUCACAUGAUGGCAAACAAGUACCAAGAUAUAGAUUCUAUGGUAGAGGACUUUGUCAUGAUGUUUAAUAAUGCCUGUACCUACAAUGAACCAGAGUCUUUGAUCUACAAAGAUGCCCUUGUCCUACAUAAAGUCCUCCUUGAAACUCGUAGAGACCUAGAGGGAGAUGAGGAUUCUCAUGUCCCUAAUGUGACCUUGCUGAUUCAAGAACUUAUCCAUAAUCUUUUUGUGUCAGUCAUGAGUCAUCAGGAUGAUGAAGGAAGAUGUUACAGUGACUCCUUAGCAGAAAUUCCUGCUGUGGAUCCAAACUUUCCCAACAAACCUCCCCUUACAUUUGAUAUCAUUAGGAAGAAUGUUGAAAGUAAUCGAUAUCGGCGACUUGAUUUAUUUCAGGAGCAUAUGUUUGAAGUAUUGGAAAGGGCAAGAAGGAUGAAUCGGACAGAUUCUGAAAUAUAUGAGGAUGCAGUAGAACUUCAGCAGUUUUUUAUUAGAAUUCGUGAUGAACUCUGCAAAAAUGGAGAGAUCCUUCUUUCUCCAGCACUCAGCUAUACCACAAAACAUUUGCAUAACGAUGUGGAAAAAGAAAAAAAGGAAAAAUUACCUAAAGAAAUAGAGGAAGAUAAACUAAAACGAGAAGAAGAGAAAAGAGAAGCUGAAAAAAGUGAAGAUUCCUCAGGUACUACAGGCCUCUCAGGCUUACAUCGUACAUACAGCCAGGACUGCAGCUUUAAGAACAGCAUGUAUCAUGUUGGAGAUUAUGUCUAUGUUGAACCUGCAGAGGCCAAUCUACAACCACAUAUAGUCUGUAUUGAGAGACUAUGGGAGGAUUCAGCUGGUGAAAAAUGGUUGUACGGCUGUUGGUUUUAUCGGCCAAAUGAAACAUUCCAUUUGGCUACACGAAAAUUUCUAGAAAAAGAAGUUUUUAAGAGUGACUAUUACAAUAAAGUUCCUGUUAGUAAAAUUCUAGGCAAAUGUGUAGUCAUGUUUGUCAAGGAAUACUUUAAAUUAUGUCCAGAAAACUUUCGAGAUGAGGAUGUUUUUGUCUGUGAAUCAAGGUAUUCUGCCAAAACCAAAUCUUUUAAGAAAAUUAAAUUAUGGACCAUGCCCAUCAGUUCAGUUAGGUUUGUCCCUCGGGAUAUACCUUUGCCUGUGGUUCGAGUGGCCUCUGUAUUUGCAAAUGCAGAUAAAGGGGAUGAUGAGAAGAAUACAGACAACUCAGAUGACAACAGAGCUGAAGACAAUUUUAACUUGGAAAAGGAAAAAGAAGAUGUUCCUGUGGAGAUGUCCAAUGGUGAGCCAGGUUGCCACUACUUUGAGCAGCUUCGGUACAAUGACAUGUGGCUGAAGGUUGGCGAUUGUGUCUUCAUCAAAUCCCAUGGCUUGGUGCGCCCUCGUGUUGGCAGAAUUGAAAAAGUAUGGGUCCGAGAUGGAGCUGCAUAUUUUUAUGGCCCUAUCUUCAUUCACCCAGAAGAAACAGAACAUGAGCCCACAAAAAUGUUCUACAAAAAAGAAGUGUUUCUGAGUAAUCUGGAAGAAACCUGCCCUAUGAGUUGUAUUCUGGGGAAAUGUGCUGUAUUGUCAUUCAAGGACUUCCUCUCCUGCAGGCCAACUGAAAUACCAGAAAAUGACAUUCUGCUUUGUGAGAGCCGCUAUAAUGAGAGUGACAAGCAGAUGAAGAAGUUCAAAGGGUUGAAGAGGUUUUCACUCUCUGCUAAAGUUGUAGAUGAUGAAAUUUACUACUUCAGAAAACCAAUCAUUCCUCAGAAGGAACCCUCACCUUUGUUAGAAAAGAAGAUCCAAUUGCUAGAAGCUAAAUUUGCUGAGUUAGAAGGUGGAGAUGAUGAUAUUGAAGAAAUGGGAGAAGAGGAUAGUGAAGUCAUUGAACCUCCAUCUCUACCUCAGCUUCAGACACCCCUGGCCAAUGAGCUGGACCUCAUGCCCUAUACACCCCCACAGUCUACCCCAAAGUCUGCCAAAGGCAGUGCAAAGAAGGAAGGUUCUAAACGGAAAAUCAACAUGAGUGGCUACAUUUUGUUCAGCAGUGAAAUGAGAGCUGUGAUUAAAGCCCAACACCCAGACUAUUCUUUUGGGGAGCUCAGCAGACUGGUGGGGACAGAAUGGAGAAACCUUGAAACAGCCAAGAAAGCAGAAUAUGAAGGUGUGAUGAAUCAAGGAGUAGCCCCCAUGGUAGGGACUCCAGCACCAGGUGGAAGUCCGUAUGGACAACAGGUAGGAGUUCUGGGACCUCCAGGGCAGCAGGCACCACCUCCAUAUCCUGGUCCUCAUCCAACUGGCCCACCAGUCAUACAGCAGCCAACAACACCUAUGUUUGUGGCUCCCCCACCAAAGACCCAAAGGCUUCUCCACUCAGAGGCCUACCUGAAAUACAUUGAAGGACUCAGUGCUGAAUCCAACAGCAUUAGCAAGUGGGACCAGACUCUGGCAGCUCGAAGACGGGAUGUCCAUUUGUCAAAAGAACAGGAGAGCCGCCUACCUUCUCACUGGCUCAAAAGUAAAGGGGCACACACCACCAUGGCAGAUGCCCUCUGGCGCCUGCGGGAUUUAAUGCUUCGAGACACUCUCAACAUCCGACAGGCAUACAACCUAGAAAAUGUUUAAUCACGUCACUGUUUCUUCUAUGGAACAAAGAGUUGUGGAGCGCUAGCCAUUUUAGUUACUGGGGUGGGAGGGAGGAACAAAGGAUGAUAAUUUUUAUUGCAUUUUACUGUACAUCACACAGCCAUUUUUAUAUAAGGACACUUUUAAUAAGCUAUUUCAAAUUUGGUUUUGUUACAUUAAGUUGACUAUCAAAUACACAAAAGAUUUUUUUGCAUAUGUUUCCUUUGUUUAAAACCAGUUUCAUAAUUGGUUAUAUAUAGUAAUAGUUUUAUCUUUACUUGUUAAAGGACUUAAAUCAAAGGUUUUGGCUUGGCUUAGGGCUUUGGUUUUCUUUUUUAUAAAUAUAUAUAUAUUAUAUAUAUAUAUACACACACACACAUAAAAGAAAAAAAUGAAAAAAAGUUUACAAAUUUAAGUUGACAAUGAAAUGUGAAGUUGGUCCUAGUUUACAUCUUAGAGGAAUGUAUAUGUAUGUUUUACAUGCCUAAAUAUCUGCAGGUUUUCUUACAGGUAAAGCAAAGUACUUUGAGAAGCUUAGAUUAUACAUGUGUGACAGAUGCGGCAUAUUUGCUUUGUUAACACAGAGGCUUACUAUAGAAAUCUAAAGUCACUGCUAUAUAUCCAUCCACAGUUAGUGUAACUGAAGGAAAAAGUAACUUUUGUGCUGAGUUAGACAUCCGUAUUGUCAGUGAUUCUUGUAGAACAUAUGCUCAGAUCUGAGUUAUAUUUAGUUUUGGAAGGUAAGUUUAAGAGUACUUUUGAUCAGUUUAUGAUUCAAUUUAUGAUUUUAGUUUAUGCCUUCAUGUUAUACAUAUAUGAUUUGAAACUAUACAUCUGUUACCUUGAAAAACAUUGAAGAAAGUACUGAAGUAUGCAUGGAGGUGGUUUAUUUUAAGCAUAAUACCUAACCUAAGAAAGAGUAUAAAUGGACCCAAGCUGUGCCUUGCACAUUACUGUGUAAGGGUAGACUGCCUACAUAUACGGAUGUCCUGGAUUCUUUAUUUCCUUGUUAUCAGUUAUCGUAUUUUGUUUGUUUCAGGGUUGGAAUUCUCAACCAGAAAUAAUUCUUUCUAAAAUAUUUUAAAAUUCAGCUUGUGCUUUGGAUUAUAGAAGGAAAUUAUACUUUAAGAAAAUGUUCAUAAAAAAAGACUAUUACAGAUCCCAACACUUGGAUUUGGUGACCUUGUCUUUUCUUGAGACAUGGUCCUACUACCAACCCUGGCUGGACUGGAACUCACAUUAUAGACCAGGCUAGUCAGACGCCUGCCACUUCCUCCCAGAUGCUGGGGUUAAGGGCAGGCACCAUCACGCUCAGCAGCCACAGCCCUGUCUUUCUACCAUGGCCCUAAAGUAAACACUGAGCCAGUGUGCAGUGUUCAGGUGGCAGCACACAGUCCACACAGUGGGGGUUUUGAACCCGCUUUAUUAUAAUUGGGUGGAUGUGUUGUGCUGAUGCGGCCACUGCCCUGUUGUUCAUUGAGAAUGAUUGUUAAAUGACACUCUUCCUUUAAAAUAUAAUGGAUCAGUACUCGUGUUUAAUUGCCAUGCUUAAUAAAUCAUGAGAACAAAAGAGUAUAGAAUGGAAAGCAGUCCCUGGUAGCUACCUUAAAUACAGGAGCCCUGUAACUUAAUACCAGUAGUCAACCACUGGAUCUCAAUUUUCAUCAAGUAUUUUAAAUAAUCUUAAAUUUUAAAAAAUGUACUGCAGAGUAUGCCAUUAUCUUAUUGUUAAACUGAAUCAAAUAAAUCUUUGAUUCCUGAUUAUUUGGACCAUUGACUCAUCAUGGACUAUAUAAUAUAAUCAGAUUCUUUUCUUUUUAGGUAUCCUUGAAUUACACCAAAGAACCAGAAACUUAAUUUUGGUUAAAUUAUUUAUUUAUUUCAUGCAUUCAUUUUCUUUUUCUUUUUAAAGGUUUAGAUGGGGCUCCUUGGGGAGACUCGAAAACCGCUUCACUAUCAGCAACCAGGGGUACUAGAAGCCAGAUCACUCUUCCUCCUGGCUCCUUCCAAGUGCUCUAGUGCUAUAGGAACCAAGAGCCAGCCCCAGGUUCCCUAAGGCAGUACAAAUCCAGCACAGGGUGCUGUGUCCCUAAGACAAGCCCUGAUUACUUUAAAAAAAAAAAAAAAAAAAAAAAAAAAAAAACUAAUUAAUUAAAAGCAUUUAAGGUACUAUUUAUUUUAGAAUCAUGCUUUUGGGGAGUAACAGUGAUUACUUAGGGUAUAAUAUUUAAGAUCAGACAUCUUCAAAAACAGAAAAAGCCCUGACUUAAGGCAGUACAAGUAAAUAAUACACUUUCUCAUUGACUUUUAAGAACUGUAGUAAUGUGGCUUAGGAAAUAUAAUGACCUGAUUGUUUUCAAAAUGUUGUAAGUUCCUGUGAAGAAUUUUGUUUAUAUUGGGUUGGGGAACCUAUAGGUUUAAAAUAGAGUAUCAGCCAGCUGACUUAAAAGACCUUGGUUUUACUAAGUCUGCCUUCCCCUUCUGAGGAAGAACUGAGUGGGUGAGGGACACUUGUGUAAAAUCUCCAAAUUUGUGUUACAACUUUCAGCUUGAACGUUUGUUUCCAGACCUGAUUAAAAUUUGGUUUAUUCUAAUUUCUGUACUAUAUCAUUAUCUGAGGUUUUAAGUGGUAACUGGUUCUAUACCAUGUAUGUAUCAUAUGUUUGUUCAUCAAAGCUUUUUAAUCCAAAUAAAAACAAGAGUUUGCAAAGUGA